AUGUAUUAUUUAUUUUUAAAUUAUUUUUCAUUAGAAGAAUAAAAGAAUGAAAACUCAUUUUAAUAAUGCUUUAGUUAAGUAACAGAAGGAUUAUAAAGAAUUUUUAAAGUUUAUAAUUCUUAACUGGAAAAUUUAUAAUUUACAGAAUAAAAACUGAAGAGAAUAGAUUCUUAAAAUAGUGAUUUAGAAUAGAAUUAUUAAUAAAUUAUAAAAAAACAGUAAUAAGAGAGAGAAAUCUAAAACAAAAUUGUAUAAUAUGUUGAUUGUAAUAAAAAUUGAUUCUGCUCAUAAUCGAAUUGGAUCGGAUGAAUGAAUGAAGUAAUCAAGUAAUAAUAUUAAGAUUUUGAUAAAAAGUAAAUGAAAUUCUAAAUAAAAUAACAGGUAAUAAUCUUACAUUGUGCUGAAAUAGAUAGAUUGAUAGAUUUGUAAAGUAAAUUAAGGAAUAUGAUAUAAAUGGUAUCGGAUUCAAGUGAAUCUAUAUACAAUGAUGAUGGGAGAAAACAGGAAAUAUUUAAAACAGAUGUUUGA